UUGAGGUGGAGAAGGCAGGGAUCAGGACCAGGUGGAGGUUUCCAUUGGCGCAGGGGGAGAGAGGGUUUGGGGGAAAGGGCGACCCGAUGGCAAGUGGCCCCUAGAGGCCUCCUAUAUACAUGCAGCAGAAUGGUGUGGGAUAACCCUGAGGUGGUGGAAUGGACUGUACCGCGUCGGAAUAGAAGUGGAGUUGUCCUUGGAGAGAGGACAUGAGCCUCUGGCCUCCCACCCCUGUGGCCAGAUGAACCUCGUCCCGAUGGCAGCUGUGGCGGUGGCAGCCGAGCCCGAGCUGAAAUGGGUCUCCUUGUGGCUCCGUGUCCGCUGGGCGGCAGUGCUGGUGGUCCUCAUCGCCUCACUGCUGGUGCUCUUGCUGCCGCUGACGUCCGUGGAAGAGCAGUGCCACGCCGUCUUCAAGGGCCUCUCCUUGCUGAAGAACAAGCUGGGUCUGGGCUACAUGGGCAUCACCCGGUACACGGGGCAGACCACGGGCCUGAGCGUGACGUCUGGUGCAUUGGAGCUGCUGGUGCUGAAGCCCAAGGCACCUCCAGAGGUCAAGUUAGAAGCCAAAGCAGCCCUGAAUCAAGCCCUGGAGAUGAAGAGACAAGGGAAGCGGGAGAAAGCUCACAAGCUCUUCCUGCAUGCCCUCAAGAUGAAUCCGGACUAUGUUGAGGCCUUGACCGAGUUUGGCCUCUUCUCAGAGGAGGAGAAAGACAUCAUUCAAGCAGACUACUUAUACUCCAAAGCCCUGACCAUCUCGCCCCGUCACGAGAAGGCCCUGAUCAGUCGCGACCGGACCCUGCCCCUUGUUGAAGAGAUUGACCAGAGAUACUUCAGCACCAUUGACAGCAAGGUCCAGAAGGUCAUGUCCAUUCCAAAAGGCAACUCCGCCCUGCGCCGGGUGAUGGAGGAGUCCUACUACCACCACAUCUACCACACCGUGGCCAUUGAAGGCAACACUUUGACGCUCUCCGAAAUACGCCACAUCAUCGAGACCCGCUACGCCGUUCCUGGCAAAAGCCUGGAGGAGCAAAACGAGGUCAUCGGCAUGCAUGCUGCUAUGAAGUACGUCAACGCCACCCUGGUAUCUAGAAUCGGGUCUGUGGCCCUCUGUGACAUCUUAGAGAUCCACCGGAGAGUGCUGGGCUACGUCGACCCGGUAGAGGCUGGGAGAUUUAGGACUACCCAGGUGUUCGUUGGCCAUCACAUCCCGCCCCACCCUCAGGACGUCGAAAAGCAGAUGCUUGAAUUUGUGCAGUGGAUCAACUCCGAAGACGCCAUGAGUUUGCACCCGGUUGAAUUCGCGGCCUUGGCCCAUUAUAAACUCGUGUACAUCCACCCUUUUGUGGACGGCAACGGCAGGACCUCCCGCCUCUUAAUGAACCUCAUUCUCAUGCAGGCAGGCUACCCACCCAUCACCAUCCGCAAGGAGCAGCGGGCGGAAUACUACCACGUCUUGGAGGUCGCCAACGAAGGGGAUGUCCGGCCGUUCAUCCGCCUCAUUGCCAAAUGUACCGAAACCACCCUAGACAUGUUGCUGAUCGCCACCACGGAGUAUUCGGUGGGCCUGCCGGAAGCACACGGCAGCCCCAUGGACUGCAAGCAGACCAUUCCGGUCAAAACGCGGACGUGAACCUGGCGGGGAAGGGGCCCUACUCUCUCUCCCCAAGCAUCUCAAGGGCGCAGAACCAUAGAGGCACUUUAUUUUAAGCAUUUCAUUUAUUUAAGCAAGUUUAAGUUAAAUUUUAUGUGCAGCAAUACCUGAAAAUAUUUAUUACUGUCCCACCCUCUCGGGCCAACUGUGAAUUGUUUGUGGUCAAGACUGACAAAUGUCUCUUGUAGGGGGAAGCAGGCCAACUCCUAAAAGUUGUGUGAUGGAUUCAGGCAAGGAACACUUCCAGGCAAGCACUAAUGUGUGUCAAGGUGAGGCAAUGAUAGUCAAGUGAAACUGCUGCAUGGGAGGGUUCACAGUCAGCGUUCUGUGGACAAGAGGGAUUGGCCACUUGUCCCAUAAACUCUGGCUGCAGAGUCCAUUUCAAUGAAGCAGUUCUGGGCGAUAGUGUCGACAUCCAUUAGGAAGAAAUUGUCUGAAUCCACCACGCCAAGCUGAUCCUUAAUUCGCAUCACAGCUCAUGUUUCCUUGGUCUGUUUUUGUCCCAAGUUUGAAGCCAGCCCUCUCUCCUCGCCCGUCAUUUUCCAGUGACACAACAUUGCACACUCUUGCCUUAUUUCUCUUUCCAGUGACAGUUCUCAACCUCGACUAGGAUCUAAAGAAUGCCAUGGCCGAUUCUGUGCUCCUGGUACAGGGGGCUUGGACCUGGGUUUUCAAACAGCAGCCAGCAAGGAUAGGAAACUUAAAUUUGUGAUCCUGAGGGGAGGCUGCUAUUCAAAAGUCAAAGGCUCACACCAGGCAUGCUUACGGCAGUUCUUUAUACCCUGGCCCUAAUUUAGUACUGUUGCCUGUCUAGAAUUGAUUUCACGGCCUGUCCGUUGCCUUCAUUCUUUAGCAGAGGUAUCUACAGUCGAGGGGGGUUGUAAAACCUCCUAAUAGCACUUUACACAGAUUCACUUAACAAGAAGUGGCGUUAAAAGGGAGCAGUACACCAGGUCAAAAGGUUUUGUAAACUGGGUGAUGGUUGGUGACUCCAGCACUUUAUAAACCAUACAAGAAGAAUGUGGGCUAGGCUCAGCAGUGGGGCGGGGGCUGGGAAAAGGGUAAGUGGCUUCUGUCACAUGACCAGUUUGCUCACUCCAAAGUCCUCUUACAAGGGGUUCCCAAAAUUGGGCCCCCAGGUCUCGUUGGCCAUCAGCCAGGGCUGCUGUUGUAAUUGAACAAAAUCUAAGUUUGAGAACCCUUCUGCUAGUCUGUGGUGUCCAAACCCAGAUUCUGGCAGAGCCUCACAAAAGUAGUUUUGGAAAUUGUGCUCCGAUACAACAGCUCAAGUAAGAUUAGGAUGCAGAAGACAUUCUUCCCGUGCCUUUAUAAUGCCGGCUACGAGAGAGAAUGCUCAUUAGUGCAGUUUGUCACAGGAUAGGAUUGCAGAGAUGAGAAGACACACCUGCCAAAGUUCUCUUGCAUGACUAUUCGGAAGCAUUCUCCUCCCCAGCAGCUGGUUGCAAGCAGCAGCAGAGACCCUGCCUACAGCCCUGUCCACACCAAGGGCCGAUCUCUCGCAGGAGACCUCUUCAGCGUACUGACAUGCCAGUGGGGGUGUUGCUUAACCAGAGGGGCUUUCUCCUUUCCAGCGUCACACUUUUUAACAGAAAACAAAUGAGGAGGAAUAAAAAGGCCCAGUUUGUUUUCUCCUAGCGGGAGGAGGCUCUGCACUUCAGCUGUUUGCAAAGAAGAAAAAUUAACAGAUUAAAACUAAUAAAGAGAACUUAUGUGGA